UCAGAGAUAAACGCUCUUGAGAGUUAUUUCAAUAUUUUCUCGAAUCUGAGCUCCGGCCAGGAAUCCACCACAAGUAACAAACCCAUUCUUCUCAGCAGCGACUAAAAGCAGUCGUUUCAACAAGACCAUGGAAGACCAGGAAUAUCCCUAUACCCUAAUAAAUGUUAUAGGAGGUACAGAUGGAAUAUAUGAAGAACAUGUGGAGUACUUGGAGCAACAUCUUAAGCUCAUCACCAUGAAGGAAUUUCUUGAAAACAAGCAAGUGCUUAGUCAGAAAAUCAAAGCAAUUUUUAUGUGGAUCCAUAAACCAGUGGCUAACAGAGAGCUCCUGCAAAACUUACCUAACUUAAAGGUUAUUGCAAAUUCUGGUGUUGGAGUGGAUCACUUGGACCUAAAACUGCUCUCCAGCUUUGGUGUGAAAGUGGCUAACACUCCAUUUGCCGUUUCCAACGCUACAGCAGAUUUGGGGAUAGCUUUGAUGCUGGCUUCUGCUAGGAGGAUUGUGGAAGGUAAUAAGAUUGCAGUUUCUCCAGAAACUAAAUAUUUUAAUGCUGACUGGCUGGGCGAAGAAAUAACUGGCACAACUCUGGGGAUCAUUGGAAUGGGCACCAUUGGUUAUAAGGUGGCCCAGAGAGCUAAAGCUUUUGAAAUGAAAAUUCUUUAUCAUAACAGGAAGCGGAGAAAUGAGGUGGAGGAGCAGGCCGUCGGGGCUGUUUAUUGCCAAAAGAUGGAAAAUUUACUUUGCCAAUCUGACUUUGUGAUACUAGCAGUGAACCUGACACCUCAAACAUGCAAGAUGAUUGGAAAACAGGAGCUAGAGUUCAUGAAACCCACUGCUACUCUUAUCAACAUCUGCAGAGGUCAAGUGGUUGAUCAAGAUGCCCUGGUGAAGGCACUUCAGAAUAGAGUUAUUAAGGCUGCAGCUUUGGAUGUGACAUACCCUGAACCAUUGCCAAGAGACCAUGCUUUACUACAUUUAAAGAAUGUAAUUAUAACGCCUCACAUUGGAAGUGCAACUUCACAAACCCGACGCCUGAUGAUGAAAAAUAUGGUUGAAAGUAUUCUGGCAGGUGUAAAUGGUCUCCCAGUCCCUAAUGAAGUACACGUGUAAUGUUGUGCAUAUGUUGCUAGUGAAAUGUUAGCUCUGUGUACAUGAUUCUGUAUCUGUCUCAAAAAAUAUAUAUGAAAAUGAUGAAU